UCCUGUUCUCUGGAAGGUUGUCGGGUGGCGGCUGACAGCUUCAAAGUCGCAAUUGAGUCUGCGCGCCGGCCAUUCAGGAUGGGACGACCUUAUACCGCGAUGAGGCGGUGUGGCAGGACGAUCAAUUUCAGAUUCUGGGCGCGGAUGCAGCAUAAAUGGGAAGGGUCGGUUUGAGAAACGGUCAAACCUGGGGACCGGCGGAGAAUAGUGAGCUGCCGACUACGGUGGCCGACUGGGUUCUUUCUGCAAAGGUAAUGACAUACGCAUCUGUGACAGCAUGCCAAGAGUGAGCCUGGUUUCUGGAAAUCCAUUCUGACUCUGUGACAGAGCGGAUGGAUGUGACCUUGCCCAUGGUUAGAAAACAAAUUUACUGAGAUCCAAUCCAGGAUCAUAUGCUGCCUUCAGGUGACACAUCCCUUUAGUCUCCUUUAAUCAGGAGCAGUUUCUCAGUCUUCAUCUUCCAUGAAGUCGACAUUUUUGAAGAGUAUAGGUGUCAGAUCUUUUUCCAAGAACAGCAGAAAAUGAUUGAGUACCAGACACCUGUGUCAUUCAAAGAUGUAGUUGUGGGCUUCACCCAAGAGGAGUGGCACCGGCUGAGUCCUGCUCAAAGGGCCCUAUACCGGGAUGUGAUGCUGGAAACCUAUAGCAACCUUGUCUCAGUGGGUUAUGAAGGCACCAAACCAGAUGUGAUCCUCAGGCUGGAGCAGGAAGAAGCACCAUGGAUUGGUGAGGCAGCAUGCCCGGGCUGCCACUGUUGGGAAGACAUCUGGCAAGUUAAUAUCCAGAGGAAAAGACGGCAAGACAUGCUUUUGAGGCAAGGUGCAGCCAUAAGCAAGAAAACACUGCCCAAGGAAAAAAGUCGUGAAUAUAGUAAGUUUGGGAAAAUAUCACUUCUGAGCACUGACCUUUUUUCUUCAAUCCAGAGCCCUAACAACUGGAACCCUUGUGGAAAGAAUUUGAACCGUAAUUUAGACUUGAUUGGUUUUAAGAGAAACUGUGCAAAAAAGCAAGAUGAGUGUUAUGGUUAUGAGAAAUUGCUUCAGCGUAUACACCAUGGUAGACGACCUAAUGGAGAAAAGCCCUGGGGUUGCAGUCAUUGUGAGAAAGCUUUCACCCAGAACCCGGCACUUACAUAUAAACCAGCAGUAAGCGAUUCUCUCGUGUACAAACGGAAGAGGGUUCCACCUACAGAAAAACCCCACGUCUGUAGUGAGUGUGGGAAAGCCUUCUGCUACAAGUCUGAAUUCAUUAGGCAUCAGAGAAGUCACACUGGGGAGAAGCCUUAUGGCUGCACUGACUGUGGGAAAGCCUUUUCACAUAAGUCAACCCUCAUCAAACACCAGAGAAUUCACACUGGGGUAAGACCCUUUGAAUGUUUCUUUUGUGGGAAAGCCUUUACCCAGAAGUCACACCGCACAGAACAUCAGAGAACACACACAGGAGAGAGACCCUUUGUCUGCAGUGAAUGCGGGAAAUCAUUUGGUGAGAAGUCAUACCUCAAUGUACAUCGAAAAAUGCACACGGGAGAAAGACCCUAUCGUUGCAGAGAAUGUGGAAAAUCCUUCAGCCAGAAGUCCUGCCUCAAUAAACAUUGGAGAACUCACACAGGAGAGAAGCCCUAUGGGUGCAAUGAAUGUGGGAAAGCUUUCUACCAGAAGCCAAACCUCAGCAGACAUCAGAAAAUUCAUGCUCGGAAGAAUGCCUACAGGAAUGAAAACUUAAUAAUUGUAGGAAAUACUUGAGCAAAAGAUCUGGUUUCAUGUGUCCUGGACACUAAAUCCCAAGGUCUUCAUUAUUUCAAUGUUUGGAAAGAAGACUGCUUCCCUGAGUUGCCAUGUCAUCCAUGUAAGAAAAUAAAUGGCCACGUGGAAUCUACGUUUUUCAAGAUUUGCCUCCAUGUAAGACUGCCUGAUCCAGAAUGAGAAAGGAGACAUAACCACAGAUAUCGAUAUGACUUUUUAAAUGAUAAAAAUAUAACUCAUACAAUUCUAAUCAACAUAUUUUUUAAACAGAGGAGGCGGAUGCUUUUCUAAUAAACUUUAAAUUAUGAAAACUGCAAUAAGAAGUAGAAAAUUUGGUAGAAUAAUUACCAUUGAAAAACUCAGAAAAAGCUAUUAAAGAUCUAUAAUGGGAAAAUGCUCCAGGCUCAGAAGAGUUCAUGCUUAGUUCUAUCUAUCUUUUAAAGAAAGAGUAGGCCGGGUGCGGUGGCUCAAGCCUGUAAUCCCAGCACUUUGGGAGGCCGAGACGGGCGGAUCACGAGGUCAGGAGAUCGA